AUGUUUCCAGAUUAUUUAAAGGCAUUUGAUGACUUUGGCGGUUCGUCGCAGUGCACAGCAAAAAAUCUCCAGAAAGCUAAUGCAAGGUACGGUGUGUGGUCGGCAUGGGGUAACUGUUCAGCUUAUUGCGGACCAGGAACAAGAAAGCGCAUACGUAUAUGUAAAACACCUGAGAAUGGUUGUUGUGGGAAUAAUUUUGAGAUAGAAAAAUGUAUGGGUACCAGCAGCUGUCCAGUUUGCUCGAAUAAAUUCAAAAAGUGUUAUCACGUAUUUUCUGAGUUGACGAAUUGGAACCAUGCUGGAAUGGAAUGUUGGAACAGAAAUUUACACCUUGUCACAAUAUCUUCAAUUGAAGAACUCAGGUUUAUCAAAUAUCUAUUGCGAGAAACAAUUCUCGGAUAUAACCUACAGAUACCACAAGCUGAAAGUCUUCCGUUUAACGCUAGCUUCUAUUCCCACAUAGGAAUAUCGAGGAUUAUUAUGACCAACAACAUGCUGAGAUACGUUUGGGAGGAUGGAUCACCCGUCAUCUUUAAUGCUUGGAAAAAGGGCGAACCAUCUACAGGAAACUGCUGUCGAAUGAACUACCAACUGUUCCAACCGGACGAGACGUGGGAAUCUGAGGACUGCGUUACCGUUCUAGCGGAUUCUUACGUAUGUGAAGAACAUUUAGCAGAGAACGAAAAACGUAAGUAUUUACUUUGCGAAACCGCUGAAUAUUCCAUUCAAUCCGCUGAGCUCAGUAGCGACUGGACUGAGAUAUUUGAUCAUAUACUACCCAGAGAGUAUAUUGGAAAGGCCAGUGUAACAGAAGCUGGUGCUCCCUGCUUGCCGUGGACAGAUAUAACGAUAGACGAAGAUACACAGUUCAGUGAUGGUUCUAAAGCUGCAGCUCUAAAUUAUUGCCGAGAUCCUAUGAACGACGGAUAUCUCUGGUGCUACGCACAAAUGGGCUGGAAUAAAUGCAGUGUGGAACUUCCACCAAGUGCAUUACCCAUCUUCCCGUACGUCAAAUACACUGGAACACAGGACAAAACAUUUACAGGGAAAACAUGCCAACGCUGGGAUUCUAAGGUUCCACAUUAUCAGACAACCCAAAAUGGCGAUUUUCCAGGCGAGACCAUUUCGAACGCUGCAAAUUACUGUCGAGAUCCAUGGAAUAAUGGCUAUCUCUGGUGCUAUACUACAGACAUAAAUACUAUGUGGGAACCAUGUAUUGUCGACAAUCCGUCCGGCAGAUGCUCCAGCAUACUGAACAAAUACAGUGGAACAAAAAACACAACGUUUUCUGGAAAAACCUGUUUGAGCUGGAAGAAUUUCUCAAAACACAUGGUGAAACGAGGAUAUCAAUCUGGUCCUCUCUCUCAUGAGCAAAAUUACUGCCGUGAUCCGUAUAAUGAUGGAUAUACCUGGUGUUAUUAUGGAGAUAUGGAAGACGAAUGGGAGCCAUGUUUAGUGGACGAUGACAUUUACAAUGCUUCUGCUACUGUGCCAAAACACGACAAUAGAACAUUCCGCUGUGGAAACGGAGAGGCAAUAAAACAUAUCAAUAAAUGUGACAACAAAUUUGACUGCUUGGAUUUGUCUGAUGAAACUGAUUGUUUGAAAAACAUGUCAUCGGCUAAUCAAACAAUUUCACACGGAAACAUGCCUGAUGCAUUGCCGGUUGGUUUCGAAAAGUCUUCAUAUUUUCUAUGUGAAACACUUGAGUGGAUAUCAAUAAUCGCUGUCUGUGAUGGAGUAAAAGAUUGUUUGGAUGCAUCCGACGAGUUACAUUGCUUGAGAACAGAAAUUGAUUCCAGUAACUGUAAACCUGAUGAGUUUCAAUGUGGUGACGGUGACUGUAUUCACGUCAGUCAAGUGUGUAAUUUCAUUUCUGACUGCGUCGACUUUUCGGAUGAAUAUUGUGAUUUUGACUUUUGCAACCAGAAUGAUUAUAUAUGUGAUAACGGGCAGUGUAUUCAUGAGACAAAAAGGUGUGAUGGAUUAGUUCAUUGUGUAGAUGGCAGUGACGAAGGAAAUUGCGGUUCAUGUAAGCAAAAUAAAGCGUUUCACUGCGAUGCCAUGAGAUGUGUCCCAAAUCGACUGGUGUGUGAUACAUUUAAGGACUGCUUUGAUGGGACUGAUGAAAUAUAUUGUGGCACGCAAACGUUUCAGUCUUGUAAAGAAUGGUGGGUGGCUGGAUAUCGACAAACGGGAUCAUAUAUCAUAAGGGAUAUUCAAGUCUGGUGUGAUUUUGAUAGCGUCAUCAGCAAAGGAGAGAUAUAUACCAUCGUCCAAAACAUAGACAUAUUUUGGAAGCAUAGUAGCGGAUUUAUCUAUACUAGAAAGAAGCACGAGAUAUGGGAUUAUAAUUUGGGCGCAAUGAUUAAAUGGGAAUUCGAUAAGCACGAAUGCAUGCAAACGUCUGAACAGAAAUGUUCUCCUGUUUAUGCAGCUGUUUGGCAAUACCACAAUGCAUUCACUGGACGCGAGACAUGCUUCUGCACCACUCUAAUGGUUCGUUUCGAUGAGAAUUGCAAAAAAUACGGAAAUACUUGCCAGUUCACAGAAACAUGCGAUAGUACAGUUUAUAAGGGAACCUCCAUGGAAAAAACAGAACUGAAAUUUAAGUAUGAUGAGCAAUCAACAAAUGUGAAUAAAAGAAUAGAGUUGUUACAGUCCUAUUCAUCUAACAUAGAGAUCAUACCAGGACCAAUACAUUGCACUACAAGUCACAAAGGCGUGGAAGAAAUAGCAUGUGAAAACGAGGCAAAACUUUUUCAAAAACAUACACGAUGUGUUUACAAUUUUGAUGCAACGGGCAACAUUAUAGGAUGUAGAUCUAACAGUCACCUUCAAAACUGCGAAAAUCAUCACUGUUCACCGGACAUGAUGAAGUGUCCAGGAAGUUAUUGUAUACCAAAGCAAUUUGUUUGUGACGGUCAGCCACACUGUCCAGAUGGUCAGGACGAAAAAGGAUGCGGUUGCCUAGACGCUGAAAGAGAAAUUGUUGUCCUUGUAAAUGAUAGAUUUUAUGCCGUAAAUGCCCGUAUUGUUGAUGGGUUUGCAAGACAAUUUCAUUCCCCAGGAAGCACUGUUCGUAUUUUGAAAUUCAACAUAAGAAAUCCCUGGCACUUUUGGGGUCUUCACUAUGUCCAUCUUCAAAUUAAAGACCAGGUGAGCCCACCCAUAGGCGUAACCAAUCGUCUGGAAGAUUGUGAAUUAAAAAUUUUUGCUCCGUCCCUUGUUCAAACAUUGAGAUAUUCCGAGUCAAAAAUCAAAGGAUUAAUAUUCCUAGAAGGUAUGAAAGAGGAUAGGAAGGUAGCAGAUUCACUUUUUACGAAUCUGACUAAUGAGCAGCGACCCGAUUUGAAUGUAUACAGACUUAAAGAAGUAUCAAACUCCACUAGUUUGGGUAGGAACGAGUUUAAGGUCGUAACUGAUGUCGUCGUUCCACGAUGGAAAGUGUUAACUUUCAUCGGGGCAGAGUUCUUCCCAGAACUUUGUAAAGGUGGGUCUACAAUCAACUGUGUAGGCGGAUACAGAUGUUUGUCGAGUAGGGUAUGUAUUCCACUUACUCAUGUUUGUGACGGACAAGCACAGUGUAGCCAUGAAGAUGACGAACAACUUUGCGAUUUUACGUGUCCAAGUAAUUGUUCCUGCUCAGGAUAUGAUGUAAACUGCAGAAAUAGAAGUAUAAGCAUGGCUCAGGCAAGAACUAUGCCCCGAAACACUCGUACAUUGGAUUUGAGUGUAAAUAAAGAUCUAAAUGAAGUUUUACAUCAUCAUAAUCUAAUGCUUCCAUUCUUGGUAAGACUGAACCUUUCUCGCUGCGAUAUUGACACGGUAUCAACUCUUUCAUUUAUCAGAAUGACGAAUCUACAGUCACUUGACCUGAGUUUCAAUGUCAUACAAGUGCUCUACACAAAAACAUUUAACACGCUAAAAUAUCUAACCAGUCUGUUCAUACACGGGAAUUUUAAGCUCUCAAAGAUUGAGCCAAAUGCUUUCAAUGGGCUAGCUCAUAUUCGCGUUUUGAACUUUGCAGGGUCAGAUCUGAGAACUAUUUCAGCGUACACAUUUACGGAACUCAAUCUUGAAUCACUGGAUAUCUCUAAUAAUGCUUUAGAAGAAAUAGAAAAUUUUGCCUUCAGCAAAUUGUCCGUUGUGAGAUUAAACUUUAAAAACAAUGAUAUAACAAAAUUUAAUAAGGAUACUUUUACGGGCGUUAGAAACCUUGAAACAUUAAUAACACCAGCAUAUAAAUUUUGCUGUGUACGACCAACAUACCUGCAAGAAGAGGACUGUUUUCCAUCUAAAGAUGAAUUCUCAUCGUGUGAGGAUUUGAUGAGACUUUCUGCCUUACAAACCAUGCUUUGGUUAAUUGGGCUGUCGGCACUUAUUGGAAACAUUCUGUCCGUCGUAUAUAGGUUGUUCUAUGAUAGAGAAAGGCUUAAACUUGGCUUCGGAGUAUUUGUUACAAAUCUAGCAAUUGCUGAUUUUCUAAUGGGAGUUUACUUGAUUAUGAUAGCUGUAGCUGAUGCUGUCUACAGGAAAAGAUACAUAUUUGUGGACGAAUAUUGGCGACACAGUAUAUGGUGUAAAAUUGCAGGAGUCCUAUCAACAAUGUCAUCUGAAGCAAGCGUCUUUUACCUUUGCCUGAUUACAAUAGACAGAAUUCUGGUAAUAAAGUAUCCAUUUGGUCAGAUAAGGCUCUCAUCAAAGAACGCAACAUUACUUGCAAUAUCUGUAUGGGUCUUUUCACUUAUUAUUGCCAUAUUGCCAGUGGUGUAUAAAGACUACUUUGAAGACAAGUUCUACUCGAGAUCUGGUGUUUGUAUUGCCCUGCCUUUGACAAGAGAUCGCCCACCAGGAUGGAUUUAUUCAGUAACUGUGUUUAUCGGACUGAACUUUGUAACUUUCCUUCUGAUUGCCUUCGGUCAAUGGUCAAUUUUGUUGGAAGUAAGGAAGUCCAGUUCGAAAGUAACGAAACAGCAAUCUGCAAGAAAAAAAGAUCUAAAGGUUGCCAGAAACCUUCUCCUUGUAGUUACAACGGAUUUUCUGUGUUGGUUCCCGAUUGGAGUUAUGGGUUUAAUGGCUCUGACUGGUCACGUUAUUUCUGGUGAUGUUUACGCCUGGACUGCGGUGUUUAUACUGCCGAUUAAUUCGGCAUUGAACCCAGUGCUUUACACACUUUCUGCAAUUCUUGGAAAACAGAGCAUUAAUCCAGAUUUGCAGGAAAGCCAAAGAAUUGGAAUCUAUCAAGAGCUUGGACAGAGUUUAUUGAACGUAAGAAGACAUCUGAACAAGCCUCCAGCAAAACGAGGGUACCAAAGUCUUCGCAAAAUCAUGGAAAGUGAGGGUAGAAUAUCGCACAUAGAUUCUCUGGUGAUUGUUGCAAAGUUAACAAAAUGCUUAGAUGCUUUACAUAGCUGUGAAAUGACGAUUGAAAAAUUAAAUAUUGACAACGUGCUUGUCAAGUUCUGUCGUGAAAAGAAGACCUGGAGCUGCAAGAUUACCCAGGAACCAGUGCCGUCUAAAAAAGCAGCCGAUACAGCAAAUGAUAUGAUGAUGCUUGGAAGAAUUAUCGGCUAUUUGGUUGAAAAUAACACACGAGCCCACAGUAGUCGUACUGAGAAAGAAUAAAUUGUACAAAUGUCUAGAGGGAUUUUCAAUCAUUUGUAUAUUUUAUUGAUUAUUCUUACACUUUUGCAUUUUCACUUUUAUAUAUGUUAUUCAUGUUUAUGCGGCGCCUAUUAGCCGCCUGAGAUUUAGUCAUGAUGCUGAGUCCGUCGCCUGUCUGUUAUCCUGUAAACAUUCUUUCAUGUGCGUGAAUUUCAAAAAGGAUAAGCAUCAGUUGUUAACCUCAUCCACACGACAUACCGAGUGCACAACACAGGGCUCUAGAUCUUACGUCGAGAUCUAACUGAGAAGUUAACAAUGAAAUAGCUCAAAUAUGUCUGCUCCAUAUAUUUUUAACCAGGGUCUUAGGGUUUUCAUAAAACUAAAAUCAAUUAUUAGCCUCAUUAAGACAACAUGCAAAAUGCAAGUACGCAGGUCAGUAGGUCCAAAGUCAAGGAAACUCUUGAAGGUCAAAGGUUAUGGUCACAACAUUCAAAGCGGCAUCCGUGAGAAUAAAUCGCCUUUUGUGAUAACGGGGCCAAUUUUAGCAUUAGCAUUUUAGUGAUUUAAAUUUUACUGUUGACGUGUCAUUAGCUUUAUCUGUUUUUUAGAUGGAAGCGUACUGGACCAAGAACAAUGACUUUUAAAUAUAUGUGUGAAAGAAAUUCUUUUAAUGAUAUAGUUUGUAUAUGUACAUAUGGCUGUUUUUCACACACAGGGAUGAGGAUCCUUUUCAGCUCAAUAUUUUGACUAUAAAACGCAUUCUUAUUGUCAGAAAGAAACUUAAUGUUAUUUUGAUGUAGUUACUUCAUUAUUUGGUAUUACAUAUAUUUUUUAUUAUUUUUAAUUUAAUUUAUACAAAUAAUUGUAAGAAUGUAAGAAACAAAGCAUAUUUUAGUGUUUUUAAUGAACCUGCUGUAAAAUGUACUUGUUAUUGGUUAUAAUAAAUUAUAGGUCAAUGUCUACAAAUAAGAAACAACAAAACAGGAAAUUUAUUAACCUAUAGCCUGCUGGUGGUAAGUGAUUCUGCCUUUGCGACUACAACAGACUACGAUCCAGGUCUGAGACUGUUCGCUGUUCAGUCAGACAAUGCUCAGUGAACACACCCUUGAUAAACAAGUGGUACUGUCCAACUGAAUGGACUAAUUCAUUUUAGAAAUUUAACAGGGUAAACGUUGAAUGUAAGGAAUCUGUAGCAAUCAUAAGAAGCUGUCAAAGGUCAUACAAUAAAGUGUAAAUAUACGUUUUAAGAAUAACAUUUUGUCAUUGUAUAGAUAAUGUUUGUGGUAUCCGUACUGUGUAUUGUUUGUUGUUAUAUAUUGAUUUAUAUUUAAAAGUUUUAUCAAUUUCUUUGUAUAAUAUGUUAACAUGUUUUCUUUAUGUUUGUUGCUAUUGUAAAAGAAAUUAAUGUUCACUUCAGGCGAAAUUUGCAAGACACUACAUGGUUAAAAACCGGACAAUUGGAAAAACUGGGAAAAGGGACUUGCACAAUAGUGUAUAUUUGUUAAUAGAAAACAUCCAUUAACGGCUUAGUAACGCAAACAUGACAAAAUUGUUUUAUUGUUCUUUGAUUUUUAUUUAUUUAUCUACGUGUGUUCAAUUUUUUAAUUUACAGUCAUCUUCGUUUUAUAAACGUAGCAACAUUGUAGAUUUGUUUAUAGUUAAAUAUUUGUAUUUUGGAUUGUUAGAUAUUUGUUGUUCGUGUUUAAAUUGUUACAUAUACAUCUAUGUUGUAUUGUGGUAAUCAUGUAGUUUAGUUUAUACUAAUUUAUUUUAUCUCGAUUAUGAUGAAAGCUUCAAGCUUAUUGGAACCAAUCUCGAGUCCGAUUCCUUGAAAAAACAGUACUGAUGUCAUAUGAGAAGUCAUGGUCGUGACCCCUGUGGGGCUCGAAACGACGAUCCCUGGACUGAACGGCCGACACCUUAUCCAAUAGAGCACCGCUCUCCUUAAUCAUGUAGUUUGUUGCAUAAACAAUACCCGUAACAAGAAAAAGCGUUUAUGGGACUAUAAUUCAAAUUAGAUUGCAACUAUAAAAGGAUAAAGCAAUUUUUGGACGAAAAUUAUUAUUAGACAAACUAAAUACAUGACCUGCAUUUCGCAGUUGUACUGCAAAUUAUAAUAUCUGGAAAUAUUGUAGAAUAGCUCUUGAACUACAAAAAUCAUUCAAACGUCUGCAGUAUUCUUCGAGAGAUGCUUUUGAAUGAAACGUUUUGUUUGGCUUUUACUUUGUCAAUGUAUUAUAUAUUAUUCAAAUUGUACAUUGCGUUGCGUGUGUAAGCGUGCGUGCGUGCGUGUGUGUGUUAUUCAAUAAAGAAUACAACUGUA